UUAAAAGAAAUUAAAUAAUCACAUAAAGCAUAUAAUAAAAACAAUUAGAUUUUUAUUAUUUGUUAUAUUUUGAAUUUUUAAAAACGACUAUAAAUUACUAAAAAUGGUAAAAGUCCCACAUUAAAUUUUUUUUGAUCAAUGGUUUAACUUUUUUUUCAAGAAAUAUACAAAUGAUCAUAUAUCAUAGGGGUGGGCGUUCAGAUACACGUUCGGGUUUGUAUCGGAUAUUUUAGUAUAAAGGUAUAGAACCCGUUUGGGUAUUUCUAUACUUCGAGUCGGGUUUGGGUAUUUUAUGUUCGGAUUCCGAUAUUUUAGGCUGGGUUCGGAUAUUUAAAUUUUAAAGAAAAAAUAAAUAAAUUAUUUAUUGUUUAAGUUUUUUGUAUCUCUUAUAACAUAAAGAAGGCAACUCUCUUUUUAGGCUGCCAGCGCAACAAAUAGAGCGAGGAGCUUGCGACACCUGUCCUUACAUCGCAACUCCGCGUUUCAUUAAACAAAAAAAAGAGAAUUUGUGGCCUUUUGGAUUGAGAAUUUGAUAAUCCAUCCCAUUACCAGAAACCCUAUUCAUCCCUUCUCCGCCGCACCUCCGCCGUCACUUGCCAUCGUCUGCGCCGGGACAUAACACACAUCCGUCGUGUGCUUCACACAAGAACCUCUCUCCAACUGCGCGGUGAUGAGCACAACCUUUGCACCGCACGAUUUCGCGAUGGAGCAAAUCACAUCGACGGUGGAGAAUCCUCCGGGACUGGCUGAGGCAAUGAGGAUAUCGGGAGAUGAGAUCGGAGGCGUGGUCACGUCGGAGACUAAGUGAGAGGAGAGGCCGAGGUGGAGAGACGCAUCGCGAAGGCUUCUCGCCCGACGCCAUGGAAGAAGACGCGAGCGCUGCGGUGGGAGACUCCGGUGAGCUCCGUCAAGAGGAGAUCCAACGGUGGUGGGUAUGGAUCGGUGGGAUGACUAUUAUCGCCGUUGAGAUUCUGCCGUCAGUGUAUGGUUUGUCGGUUGCGUAUAUAAACACACAUGACCUGGUGAGAACGCUAUGCUUAUCCAAGGGUCAAUCAACGUGUACCGUUUUAACACCUUCAGUGAAGGCUCGGUUUAUGAGUAAGUGUUUUUGAUGUCGCCGGAAGCAAUCCGAACUUCAAGUUUGGUGAUGCGCCUGUCUCUACUAGGUUCACGGAACAUACCGUCUUCGUUGGGCUUGCGGAAACGAGAGAGCCGAUCCAUGGAAAGGUUUUGGUUCUGCAAUUACAACCACCUCAUGUUAUUUGCCAAGACCAACACUGGUUUUCCAUGUUUGAAUUGUUUACCAUACUUUACAAGAGCUCCAUAUAAUGAUUAUAUAUUUCACUGCCAAGUAGCCUUAAUAGUUGUUUUGGUUAGCAGUCUUCGUUGGUGAAGUCAGGGGCAUUAAAACGAUUUACAAAGAAGAGACCCAGAGUACUCAACGUCUCAUGACAAUCACAAGGAGGCACUCGACAGUCUGCCUGAGUGUAUUUGACAACUAAAGGCGCUACUCUGAUAUAGAACUAAAAAUGGUUGUUGAAACAAAUAUAUACCCAAAGUUAGUUGGAGGCAGGCUGUUCAUCAACGCUUCUUUUGGUACUCAAAUCAGAUCCAUAGAACAUUCCGGUCAGAUAUAAAGACCGAGAGACACCACUGGCUGGCCGAGUAUCAUGAGUGGAAAAAAGAGAGGUUCAAGAGAUACCAGUGAAGUAUAAAAAACCCGGAUGGUGACAGAUACAUACUGCAAACCAGAGAUUCUUUUGCAUCUUGCAGGGAGAUUUGUAAGGUAAUUGAAUAAGACAUGACUGUUCUUAUUUUUGGUUUACCAAUUUCAGGAACUUAUGAUCCUAAUUUCUGGAACUAGAUGGUUUCUUUUGUUUUCUUGCAAACCGAUAUUGUAAUAUAUUCUAGAGAAACACAGCGUUACAUGCUCAUUAGAAUAUAUACGAACAGACGAACGAGAAAGAAAGUGGUUCAAAUCAGUCUUCACCAAAACUUGGGAUUAAAAUUAAUGUUUUGGGAUUAAAAUUAAAGUGGCUGAUGGAAUUUAAGAGAAAACAGAGAAAUGAGACACACCUAAUAUAACACUCAAAUGAUUUAUUUGGGCACAAGUAACUGCUAUGUGUUGGGAACUUUUAGUGACGUUUGAUCCUUCAAUGUAAAAGCAAAAAAGAUGCGCAUUUAGGGGUUUUGGGUGAUCCACCUUCUCUUAUUCUCAAGUAUCACAAAUGUGAAAGUGGAUUUAAAUUUGAUAUACCCAGAUGAACAUAAUUUCAUAACUGUCAUAGUCAUAGUGGUACAAAAAGAAAUUUCUAACAUUAAUCACUUUUUCAUAAUUAUAUAUGUAUAUAUUUGUGGUUUAAUUUUUUUUUUAAAAGACAAAUUUGUGGUUUAAAUAUUGUUUGGAAUUCACAACUCUAACCCAACUAGGAAGAGAGUUAAAAGGGUAUAAACAAACUCUUUAAUCUUCAAAACUUAAUGAUUCUAAAACCAAACGAAUUUUAAAUCAAUUGUAAACUUAACAAUUAUUUUACAUAAGAACUUAAAUAACCAACAUAGAAGAGUAUUUCGAUCAUAAUUAAAAUUUAAUUGAAUUUUAUCAUCUUGCUCACAAUUAUAUAUAUAUAGGAUUUUCAGCUGUAAAAACAAUAAAUUGUGAGUUUUAAUCAUUUAAAUGAUUAUAAGUUAUAUAGGAUUAUAAAACGAAUUGUAAAUGAUUAAAAUUGUUAAAAAUAUAUAUCUUUUCUUCCCCAUAUUAUGAUAUUAUCAUUUUUGCAUUAAAGUGUCGCUUUGUUGAUAUGUGACCAUAAGAAAGUAUCUCUAUUUAUCUCUACAUCAUAAAUAAUCUUUGUAGCUAACAAUACAUAAAAUAGUUAUGGUUUUCUAUUACCAUUUUGGUUUAGCCUAAACUUUGGUAGUAAAAAAAAAAACAAUUGCGUUCAUUAUUUUUCAAAAUUUUGUUGAUGUGAGUAUGAAGAAACAACAUAAAUAUAUAUUUUAAAAUAUAAUAAUACAUAAAUAUACAACCUAACAUGUUAUUUAUAAAUAUUAAACAGUAACAAUUAGUAUCAUAUUUUUAUGCUACUUGCCUAUUUUUUCUUUUUUUAAAAGAUAAUAAAUUAGCUUUUAAUUUCAAUUUUUUUAAAUUAUUAAUUUUAAGAAGAAAUGUAUUAAAACUCCAUUAAAUUCAAGAAAUAAAAUAUUGUGAAGAAAGUAAAAUAAUUAUAUUUUUAUGAAUUGUUUUAAUAUAGUAACAAAUGUAUAAUUUCUAUGAAAGUAAAAUUUGUAGUGAAAAUAUAAUAUAAAUAAACCAAAGUUUCAUUAAAUUUUUAAAUAAUUUUACUAUUUUGUUUCUUUGCUUACCCGCCCGUAGGGGGGGUCCGACCCUAGUUUAAAAUAUAUUUUAACUUAACUGGUUUUUUUUUUAAUUUUUAAAAGAUUAAACUAUUAAUAGGUUUGGAGAUAAAACUUUUAAAAUAGAAAGACACUAAUUUAGUUGUUGUUUUGAAAUUUUAGAUGCAAUUUUUGUUAAUGCAAGAAACAAGAACUUGAUAUAUAUUUUAAGUUAGUAGCAAAUGAUUUUAUCCAUAAUUAUAUGUAUAUUAUCUAAUUUUGAGCAAGAAUAAUCAUUAAUAAUCGUAGAAUCAAUCAAAACCCUAGCCGCUUUAGAGAUGGCGACAGAGAUGGCGAUUUCCAGAUCUAGUUGAUCUCGACGUCGAUCCAGUCUCAACGCGCUCUUGACAGCUUCCUCUCCGGCACAAGGGAGAUUAUCCCACACUCCUUAUGGCCUCCUUGGAUUCGCAGCAACGGAGGAGAAAGCUCCCUGACGUAUUUCCCAAGAUAUUGAUUCUGUUCUCUGAUCGUUUUCUGUAAAUACACUCUUUGGUGUAUUUUAUUGAUCUCUGCAGUCCAAUCAUCGUUCUCUCCGUGGUGCGAUCUCAAAUCUCAGUAUUUGCUGAGAUCUCAAGCUGUGAUAUUUCAACUCUCAGUCUUUGCUGAGUUUUCGUCCAAGACCGUAGCGACGGUAGGUAAUACUCCAUAUCGUCAUAUGGGGUUGUCAUUUCGUAACAAGUCGGCUCAUCAUGCGGACAUCAAAGGCAAGGGGAUUCUUUAUGAAGACGAUGAUGCGCCAAUCAAGUUGGUAGAUCGAGAUGAUUCAUUUGCUAUUAAAAAAUUUGGCUUGACCUUGAUCGGAGAGGUCUUAAACCCGAAGAAACAAAACAUCGAGAAGCUACUGCAGACGAUGCCUUCACAAUGGGGUCUGGCAGAGAGAAUCACGGCUAACGAUCUAGAAAAUGGAAAGUUUUUGUUCAACUUCACAAAUGAGGAGGAUCUUAACUAUGUUAUGGCAAAUGGGCCGUUCCAUUAUAACUUUUGUAUGAUCGUUUUGGUCCGGUGGGAACCUAUCGUUCAUGACGACUACCCGUGGAUCAUUCCGUUUUGGGUCCAGUUGAUCGGGUUUCCUCUCCACCUGUGGACAGACAGGAACCUAAAGAAUAUAGGCCGCAUAAUUGGUCAUAUUGAUACUAUUGUGCUCACGGAAGGACAUAUGCUUAUUGAUGUUGACUCACGACAUCCUUUAAAGUUCUCCCGGAAGCUCGAAUAUGAAGGUGAUGAGGUCACGAUCGAGAUUAAGUAUUAUAAGCUAUUUAAACACUGCACCACUUGUGGUAUGCUCUCACAUGAGAAAGUGUAUUGCCCCUACAUCGAGACCAGACAAUCCUCAAUGGAGCGUUCAGAUGUAUUCACACGUAUGCAGUUACCGGCGCAUCAAAGUGUCCGUGAUACUCAAGGUAAGGAUCAUAACUAUCAUCAGUCUUCGCUGAUGAAAAGAGAGAUGUAUUCUCGCAACUCUCGUGAGGUUGAGACAAGGCCGGACCUGCGUAAUAGAUUACGUGAGAGUCACAAUAACUACCCUCGGUCAUGGGAGAAUGAUCGACGUUCUGGAAGUCAUGCUGAUAGGAUUAUCAGGCGCAAAUAUGAGUACCAGAGGAGUGAUAGGUAUGGUGGUGGACGUGCACGUCCAGGGCCUUAUGAUCGCAAAGAAGGUCAGUCAUGGCAAGCUAAAUCAAACCCUAUUAACAUAACAAACGUGGAGCAGAACGGUGAUGGGGUGACCGUUAAGAACAAUAAGAUUGUUCCAUAUGAACAUCUCUCCGGCGCGGGAUCUCUGGCUCCUUUGAGCCUUGGUGAUGAUCUGUUGAGCAGUAAGGAAAAUAAAGAGAACUCAACUGGUACUAGGAAGCUGGAAAGUGCCAUUUUCACUCCGUCACGAUUGGGAUCUACAGAUAACGUGACGGUUCGGAGUGGGGCUGUCGACGUGGCGGAUGGUCAUAGAUGAUCAGAUUAUUGGAGCUUUAAGUGACAUGGAGCUUGUGGAUCAACAGGGUAGCGGAUUGAUGGAUACUGAUGUUAAUGAAGAUGAUCUCUUGGGUGUUGAACUUAUGGAGAUGGAAGGAGAUGAUCCAUUGAAAGCUGAUCGUGUUAAUGCUGACUUCACAAAGGUGAUGGGUUCAAUUGAUGAGAAAAGGACGUUGAAGCACAAGAUGCUUGGCGUCAGGAGAGGUGCCCCGUUGGCCCGUUGGGUAGCUCAAGCCGGAAGUUCGAGAUCCUCCAUCGGGGUUCUCCAAGCAAACGCACGGAUCGUUCUGAUUCACUUGUAUCAGAGAGAGCUGAGAAGUCGAGACGAUACCGGUCAGGUUCAAAAAAGGAAUCAAACGGUUCCAAAGGUGAUGUUUCCAAACGUGAUGGUUCGAUGAGUUCCAAAAACUCAUCACACCGAUAUCAAUGAGGACACUCAGUUGGAACUGUCGAGGGAUUGGAAACAACCUCACAGUUCGACGCCUUACGGAGAUGUGUCAGAAGCAUCGUGCAGGACUCGUGUUUCUUUCUGAGAUGAAGAACAUGAGGCUGCUGUUGCAAAACAUUCAGGCCGACUUAGGAUUUGAUCACUUGUUUACCGUUGAGCCACUUGGUCUUAGCGGAGGUUUAGCUAUUUUGUUUAUGGACGAAUUCCAAGUUAAUUUUUUAUUUUCAAAUAACAGAAUGAUUGACAUUGAGGCAGUCAUUGAUGGAAUAAAAGUUUUCAUGACGUUUGUUUAUGGAGACCAUGUAUUAGAACGUAGGGAACAAGUAUGGGAACGUUUUACGCGUUUCUCGACAAUACGAAAUGGACCUUGGUUCAUGAUAGGUGAUUUUAACGAAAUAACGGAUCACAGUGAGAAAGAGGGAGGACGAAAGCGCUCUGAUAGCUCCUUCUUGCCUUUCAAGCAGAUGCUAAGCCACUGCGGAAUGCUGGAGUUUCCAUUUACUGGGAAUAAGCUUUCAUGGGUUGGGAAAAGAUCAGGAGGAACAACUGUUAGAUGCAGAUUGAAUAGAGCAGUGGGUAAUGAGGAUUGGCAUGUAAAGUUUCCUCACACCGCGACAAAGUACCUUAGGCUGUGGGGAUCGGAUCAUCGUCCGAUCCUUGCGGAUAUUCUCACAAAGCCAGUCAGGAAAAAAAAAUUAAAUUUGAUAAGCGUUGGCUGGAUAAUGAGGAACUAAGGAAAGUCAUUCUGGAAGGUUGGAAGUCAGAGGAUCUGCCUCCCAAAGUGAAUAUAAUGGAGCAUAUUGCUAGCUGUAGGAAAGCUUUGAGUCAAUGGAGGAGACAAAACAAUGUGAAUUCGGCAAAGCUAGUCGAGGAACUCAAGGAGAAGGUGGAGGGACUGUAUUUGAAUGAUGAUGCUACUAUAGAGGAAAUAUCUGAAGCUCUGAAGGAACUAUGUACUGCUCUUAAGGCAGAAGAGAUGUUUUGGAGACAGAAAAGUAGGGUCCUCUGGUUAAGGGAAGUUGAUAGGAACUCGAAAUAUUUUCAUGCGUUGGUGAAGCAAAGAAGAGCAAGGAAUAGGAUAACGCAACUCCUUGAUGGAAAUGGAAAUAUGGUGGAUGAUGAGGAGGGACUAGUAGUCAUUGCUACUAGCUAUUUUAGGCAAAUAUUUGAAUCUUCUAACCCCGAGGAUGUAGCUGAGACGCUAUCAGAGGUUCCAACAACGAUUACCGGGCCAAUAAAUGCAGAUCUUACAGCCCCAGUAACUGAAUGGGAGGUAAAAUUAGCGUUUUUCGCUAUGCAUCCGGAAAAAGCCCAGAACCAGAUGGAAUGACAGCUCUUUUUUAUCAAAAGUUUUGGGAUAUUGUCAAAGAUGACUUAACUCAUAUGGUUAAUCAAUUUCUUUUUGAAGGAACAAUGGCACAGGGCCUUAAUGACACGAAUAUUUGCUUAAUCCCUAAGACGACAAAGCCGAAUGAGAUGAAAACAUUUAGACCUAUCAGUCUAUGUAAUGUCAGCUACAAGAUAAUAUCUAAGGUGUUAUGCCAAAGAUUGAAGUAGGUUCUUCCACAGAGAAUAUCAGAGACUCAGUCAGCCUUCGUUGCUGGUAGACAGAUUACGGAUAAUAUCAUGAUAGCUCGGGAGAUGUUCCAUGCUUUGAGAACUAAGCCGGGAGGAAGGGUUAAACGAAUGGCCAUAAAGACUGAUAUGAGUAAAGCAUAUGAUAGGAUGGAGUGGUCAUUCAUUGAGGCAGUCAUGAGAAAGAUGAGCUUUUCUGAAAUGUGGAUUGACUGGAUUAUGCGAUGCAUUACCUCGGUCAAGUAUAAAGUCCUCAUGAAUGGAGAACCAAGGGGAAACAAUGUCCCUGGGAGAUGUUUACGACAAGGAGAUCCUUUGUCUCCUUUCAUAUUUAUUCUUUGCACGGAAGCACUCGUUAGCCUUCUUAAUCAAGCAGAGAAUCAAGGGAAGAUAACGGGGAUGCGAGCCGCUCGCGCUUGCCCCUCGGUAUCCCACCUUCUCUUUACUGAUGAUAGCAUUUUCUUCUAUAAGGCGGAGCCCCGUGAAUGUGAAGAAGUUAUGAAAGUAGUAAGGAAAUAUGAGAAAGCAUCAGGUCAACGCAUUAACUUUGACAAAUCCUCAUUACUCUUUGGUAAAAGGGUUCCAGCGAAUGAUAGGCAGCAGAUCAAGGAUACUCUUGGUAUACAAAACAAAGGCGGGAUGGGCUCAUAUUUAGGAAUCUCAGAGGACAUUAGUGGUUCAAAGUGUAAAUUAUUUUCUUUCUUAAAGGAGAAGCUCCUACAUAGAGUGAAUGGCUGGACUGGUAGAUGGUUAUCGAAGGGUGGAAAGGAGUUUUUGAUUAAAUCGAUAUUGCUAGAUCUUCCGACCUAUGUCAUAUGCAGCUUUCUACUUCCUUUGGAGAUAUGUGAGAACCUAGCAAGUGCCAUUGCACAGUUUUGGUGGAGCUCGAAUCCUCCGAAAAGAGGAGUUCAUUGGGCAAAAUGGGAAAAGAUGUGUGCACCUAGAGAAGAGGGAGGAAUUGGUUUCCGUAUGAUCUAUGAAUUUAAUCUAACUCUUCUAGCUAAGCAGCUUUGGCGACUUGUGCAAUUUCCGGAUUCACUAGUAGCGAGAGUUCUCCGAGGAAGAUAUUACCGUCUCAGUUCGCCGUUGCGAAUAGGCACUGCAGAUACCCCAUCUUAUGUAUGGACAAGUAUAACUGCCGCGAGGAAGCUACUACUUUUGGGCAUUAGAAGUAAGGUGCAUUCAGGGUACGGAAUUAAUGUGUGGGAAGAUCUUUGGAUCCCUUCGACGCCAGCUAGACCGGCUCGUGCCAGGGUCUAGCAGUGAACCCAAAGAUGAUCGUAAGCAGCCUUAUUAAUCAUGUUACCAAGGAGUGGGAUGUUCGACUACUGGAACAAUAUGUAGCUCAAGAGGAUAUCCCGAUGAUUCUGAGUUUGGCCAUUAGUCCUACCCAUCGACGUGAUACAUUUUGCUGGAGUUACACAAAGAAUGGACAAUAUACUGUCAAGUCGGGCUAUUGGGUUGCUACAAACUUGAUGAGAGAUGAGGAGGAUUUAGAAGUUCUACAACCCAGCAUUACAAAACUUCAAGGUUUUGCUUGGAAGGUGAAUGCGCCGCAAAAGAUCUGUCAUCUUAUAUGGCAAUUAAUAUCAGGACAGGUAGCAGUAACAAGGAACUGGUACGCCGUAACAUGCGAUGUGACAAUUAUUGCCCAAGAUGUGGAGCGCUAGAAGAGACCGUUACUCAUGCUAUCUUUGAGGGUCCACCGGCCUUACAAGCAUGGGAGUUAUCAUCAACACCGUCGAGCUCUGAGAUCUUCCAUGUACCAAGUAUUUAUGCUAAUAUGGACUACCUUUUUUGGAGAAAGAAUAGUAUUCUGGAACCAGAAAAUGAUAGAGAUCCUUAUCCUUGGAUAAUUUGGUAUAUUUGGAAAGCUAGGAAUGAUAAGUUGUUUAGAGGCAUAAACAGAGAUCCAUUGGAACUAGUCAGGUAUGCAGAGAGUGAGUGUCAAGCUUGGUACAAUGCAAGAGACUAUGUACCGGUUCCGCCAAAUGUACAGAUUAUUGACGAACCACAAGCCGUAAGCUUGGGUAAUAUCUGAAUGGUGGAUGGUUCAUGGACCUCCACAGCUCAAUUUAGUGGAAUGGGAUGGGUCUGGAAGGAUGCAAUGGGGAAGAUACAACUCAUGGGGUCAAGGAACUUGCGGAGAAGGAAGACAGCGUUACACUCAGAACUGGAAGCGCUAAAGUGGGCAAUGGAGAGCAUAAUACAACACUCGACUUGUCAGAGGUUUGGGACGGACUGCAAGGAUCUGAUUGUGAUGAUAGAGCAGCCACAAGAUUGGCCCAACUUCUCAACUGAGCUGGAAAACAUUCAAACUCUUCGGUUGUGUUUUUCGGACUUCAAUAUCACUUACUUUCCAAGGACGCAGAAUGAGAUUGCGGAUUCGUUAGCUAGAAAUGCACGUUCUUUUCAUAGAUCCUUAUGUUUUAUUGGUUGUUCUAUUCCGGUCUGGCUCCCCAGACCACCUCAAGUUUGAGUAAAAGAAUAGCCGUUUGCCGUAAAAAAAAAAAGAAUCAUUAAUAUAAAUAUUUUGAAUAAAAUGAGAGAAAUAAACUAAAAUUAUAGAGUUAAGUAUACUUAUGUUUGGUUAUCUUCGGAUAUCCAUUCGGGUUUGGAUAUUACCCGUUCGGAUUCAGAUAUUUACCCGAAUUGGUGAAAUAAAUAAUUUUUUUUGUUAUUCUAAUUAGAUGAUUUUUAGACCGAGCUGGUUAAUAUAUACUAGACAAAUAUUUGUAUUUCGAGUCUGCAAUUAUAUUCUAUACAUCUUGAUAUAUUAGAUUUGAAUAUUAAUCUGUUAAUAUUUUCCGGUGAUUUUUUUUCAAAAUUUUGAUUCUUAGAUAUGUAUAUGGAGUCAAACUAAUUUUUACAGAUGCCCAUUUUUUUAAUUGACACUUAUGUAAUUCACUGAAUUCAUAAAAUAAGUUAAAAAGAAACUUAACUCAUAUCAAUGAAGCAAAAACGAAAACGAAAACACAGUUCUAUAGAGGUAGAAAAUGAAAUCACUUAUGGAGAGUCAAUAGUAAACAAAUCGAGAGCAUAAAACCUAAUUCCCUUUCGUCAUUAUACAAUCGAUGUUGCCUAUUUGGUUUUGGUGAUUUGUGUCAGCUGCAAAACUUCAUUUCCUUUUGUGCAUAUGAAGUCUUAAAAACAAUUAAAAUGAGAUAUAAUAUGUUAACUUUUCAAGAACGAUGAUAUAUUUAAGAGACCAACAUUUGUAUUUAUCAUUUUAUAAUCGAUAAAGAUUGUUGUGUUGCAUAAUGUUAAAAUUAUUUCAUAAGCAAACAUAAUUAUAAGAACUCACCCGCGCGCUAAUAUAUAUUAAUAGAGUAACAUUGGGGGAAGAGUAACCUUGCCAUCCCCUAUAUAUUAAUAUAGGAACAUUUAAAAAGUUAUAACAUGUAGUUUGUACUAAUUGAAAAAACGCCAUGCUGAGUUGUCACGUAAUUGGAAUGUUAAUUUUCCUUUUGUGGCGGCUUGAGAAUCAAUUGAGAAUUUUGUUAGUACAAAAUUAAAUUUCUAAGGAAUGUUAUAUUAUAUAGUAUGUCCAUUGUCGACCAUUCAUUUAUCAAAUUGAAAGUAUUAUAUAUUCUUUCCUUAAAUAAAAUCAACGAAAUUACCUAAUGUGAUUAAGAUAUAUAUGACAAAUAAUGAUUUAAAAUAAUAAAAUAUUUGAUAACAAUC